AUGCCCAAAAAGAAAGGAAAGAAGGGCAAACGCAAAGGGGAUGACCCCGCCCUGCGUCCGCAGAUCAUGAGGGACAAGCUGAAGAAGGAGACAGACUACAUAGCGGUCAACUCCAUCAAGCUGAAGGACACCUACCGCGUGGGCCUGCGUGCAAACCGCUGCGAGGAGAUCAAGGAGGAGCUCAUUGCCCUCCGGCGUACCUUCGAGCGGCGGGACCCAGAUCUGAACCACGCUGUGGAGAACUUUACGUGCAGUGUAGAGAAGAUGGAGCGUCUGUCGGCGCAGGCGUGGCGCGUGCACUACGAACAUGUCGAUCGUCUGCGCAACAUACAGAAAAAGCGUCUCAGGUUCCUGCAGGAGCAGUGGGACAUGGGCCAGGAUGUCUUUGACAACAAGUUAAAGUUGCUGAGCCAAAAAACGGCUACCUACUUCCUGCAGUCACGCGUGGGUUUCAAGGAGACGGUGCGUCACCUGGAGCAUCACCACCAGCAGGCCUUGGCUACUGUCCACAUGCUGUACAACGAGCCAAUGGUGGCACACUCAGUUUACGAGAAGAUGAAAGCCUUCGAGGUAGAGGAGCGCUUUUUGGACUUGAACGUGAAGGUCCUGAAGAACCAGAAAGCUGACAAUCGCUACCUGUAUGAUAUGGAGAAAGUGGAGGAUAUGGAGGAUAAGAAAAAGGUUUCGGUGACUACAGCAAAGAAGAGCGUGGCCCUCUACAACACCAUCCUUGAGGCGCAGUCUCGUCUGGAGGCCACUGAGAAGAGAAACUCUGAUAUGACGAGUAAGCUGACCGAGGCGAGGAAUGACGCCAAUGCCAAGAUCCACAUGCUCCUCAGUCAGAUGGCUAGCAACCGCGUCCCCAUCCAGAUCAUGAUGAACAAGAUGAGUGUGAACAGCAACGCUGCCGCCAACGGCCUAAGAUUGAUUAUUGCCAAGGGUGCCCGGCUCCUGAAGGUGGCAGAGAUGUGUUGCCAUUUAGAGGCAAUCCAGAAGGAGGCGCAAGCAUCUGUCCAAAAAGUCGCCCCAGACUUUGAAACGCAGCCGGUCAAGCCAUCGCAGAUGUAUGAGUUCCCCGAGCUGAUGAAGCGCUACAACAAUGCGCAGCUCCACCGAGAUGCUCUCAAGCGGCGCUUUGAGAAACUACAACUGGAGAACCAACAGCUGUGGCUGCUCAAGCAGCAACGCCUCGAAGCAAAGACCGUCAACCCGGACACGCACAAAGGACCCACCAAUCCUCUGAAGGUCAAUAUGGCUCCCAUCAUGGAGGACGGCACCCACAUACAAAGGCACUCCGUUGUUGAAGGAGUGCAAGCUCUCAAAUUACUUGCAAUCAAUCAAUGA